AUGGUUAAAAUAAGAGAUACAACAAUACCGCUAUCGUGGAGUGAUCAAUGCAAAACACCAACAGCUAAUCAUCAUCAAUUGGAGAGUCCGGCAAUAAAGACUGCUUUGGCGCCCUACAACUAUCCGCAAGAAACAGCAGUAACAUCAUGCACGACAGAAACUGGUACUCACUACUCCAUUGUCACCACAUCAGCAGCAGCUCUAAGUUCAACAACAACUUCAUCCACUUCUCCUGAACCAAUCCAUACACCUUCAACUCUCAUUCAAACCGCAACACGUAGUGCUGAAUGUAGCGCACCAUCUACACUGAUCGCAUCGUCAUCACCAAGAAACCGCGAUAAGCAAUCGCCAAACAAACUCGAACUCGAAAAUAAUAACAAAAACCAAAAGAAUAAAAUGCAAAGCUCUACACAAACAACUCUACAAGAGUAUUGGUUAGGCAAUCCAACUUCAUCAAAUAGGUUCGAUCUCUUGGAUGUAGAACCAAAUAUCAAUAAGCCAGAAAGCAACCCAAUAGAAAAAGAUCCAGGUACGCAGCGUGCACAAAAACCGCCACCAAUAUAUUGCUCAACUUACUCUGAUAAUAAUGUACAUGUAGAAACAAGAGAAACUAUGGUUAAAAUAAGAGAUACAACAAUACCGCUAUCGUGGAGUGAUCAAUGCAAAACACCAACAGCUAAUCAUCAUCAAUUGGAGAGUCCGGCAAUAAAGACUGCUUUGGCGCCCUACAACUAUCCGCAAGAAACAGCAGUAACAUCUUGCACGACAGCAACUGGUACUCACUACUCCAUUGUCGCCACAUCAGCAGCAGCUCUAAGUUCAACAACAACUUCAUCCACUUCUCCUGAACCAAUCCAUACACCUUCAACUCUCAUUCAAACCGCAACACGUAGUGCUGAAUGUAGCGCACCGUCUACACUGAUCGGAUCGUCAUCACCAAGAAACCGCGAUAAGCAAUCGCCAAACAAACUCGAACUCGAAAAUAAUAACAAAAAACAAAAGAAUAAAAUGCAAAGCUCUACACAAACAACUCUACAAGAGUAUUGGUUAGGCAAUCCAGCUUCAUCAAAUAGGUUCGAUCUCUUGGAUGUAGAACCAAAUAUCAAUAAGCCAGAAAGCAACCCAGUAGAAAAAGAUCCAGGUACGCAGCGUGCACAAAAACCGCCACCAAUAUAG